UAUAAUUACCUACUGUGUGCAGUGGUUUUGCACAGAGCAGCCUGGAUCCUCCUCUGCUUGGGUCCCCCGCAGGCUCUCCUGGCCCCUGCCUCCUAUUGGAUGCUCCCACAGCAAGCAGCUUGCUAUGGGGGCACCCACUGCUCCAUGUGUCCAUUCACACAUGGAGCCAAGCCAAUGAGGAGGCGGAGACCCAGGACAACCAAGACUGUUCACAUCACUGGGGCUCAGGUAAGUAUUGAGGAGGAUGGGGGCACUGCUGCACAAAAAGUUUUUUACCUUCAUACACAGAAUGCAUGAAAGUAAAAAACCUUGAGCCUUUACAACCACUUUAA